AUGAGUUUUACAUCAGACGAAGUCAAUUAUCUUAUUUAUCGAUAUUUAUCUGAAUCAGGAUUUGUUCAUUCAUCCUAUUUAUUUGGUCUUGAAAGUCAUAUUGUUCAAACAUCAAUUAAUGCUAAUAUUGUACCACCAGGUGCUCUUCUUUCACUGAUUCAAAAAGGCCUUUAUUAUACUGAAGCAGAACUCUCUAUUGGUGAUGAUGGUCAAGACCGAACUUGUGAUUCAUUGAGUUUAAUUGAUGCUGUCGUUCCUGAAAUUGUCGAAAAUCGUCGUAAAGAACUUCAACAACAAUCUUCCUCAUCUGGAACAAGUGUAAAAAAUGAAACAAAACUAUCGUCAAGAAUACCAACAACAACAACAACAACAACAACAGCAACAACAGUAUCGAAUAUAAAUGAUAAAGAUAUUUCACCAAUGCAUCAGCCAACAAACACAUCUCCACAAUCAACAAAUCAAAAUAUGUCUGAUCGUACCAUGGAUACACCAACAACGUCUAAUGGUGGAAAUAAUUAUGGACAUACACAUUCAUCAUCAUCAUCAUCGUCACAUUCUAAUGCACUUCAAUCUUGCACACCAGGUAAUUAUGCUCAAAUGCUAAAUGGUAAUGAUAAUACUACACAUUCAUCCUAUGCUAAUAAUACCAAUCAUAUAGCAGUUCCUAAACACGAGCCAAUGGAGUAUGAAACAAGUAAUAAUACUCAUCAUCAUCAUCCUCAUUAUCCAGGAAAUUCAACACCAAAUUCUCUUUCUGUCCAAACCGGUUCAUCGAAUACAAAUAUUAAUUUAACUAUCAAUGGUUCUGUUGAAAUUCCACAAAGUCGUGUUACUGUUUUACGUGGCCAUGAAUCAGAAGUAUUUAUUUGUGCAUGGAAUCCAACGCAUGAUCUAUUGGCAUCUGGUUCAGGUGAUUCAACAGCUCGUAUAUGGAAUUUGCAAGGUACACGUGAACCUGAAAUUGUUCUAAGACAUUGUAUUAGACGUGGUGAUACGCAAGUACCGAGUAAUAAAGAUGUUACAAGUUUAGAUUGGAAUCCAUCUGGGACACAAUUAGCUACGGGUAGUUAUGAUGGUUACGCACGUAUAUGGUCGUCUGAUGGAAAUUUAGUCAGUACACUUGGUCAACAUAAAGGACCUAUAUUUGCAUUAAAAUGGAAUAAAAAAGGAAAUUUUAUUCUAUCGGCUGGUGUUGAUCGUACAACGAUCAUAUGGGAUGCAAAUUCUGGUCAUUGUGAACAACAAUUUUCAUUUCAUACGGCGCCAGCACUCGAUGUUGAUUGGCAAUCAGAUACAACAUUUGCAUCAUGUUCAACAGAUCAAAAAAUUCAUGUUUGUCGACUAGGUGAAUUACGAGCUAUUAAAACAUUCCACGGACAUCAAAAUGAAGUUAAUGCUAUUAAAUGGGAUCCACAAGGACGUUUACUUGCAUCAUGUUCUGAUGAUAUGACAUUAAAAAUCUGGAGUAUGUCAAAAGAAACACCUGUUCAUAAUUUACAAGCACAUAAUAAAGAAAUUUAUACAAUUAAAUGGAGUCCAACUGGUCCAGGAACAAUGAAUCCAAAUGCAACAUUACUUUUAGCAAGCGCAUCAUUUGAUUCAACUGUACGUUUAUGGGAUGUUGAACGUGGUGUUUGUCAAAAUAUACUUGUAAAACAUUCAGAACCUGUUUAUUCGGUUGCUUUCAGUCCAGAUGGUCGUUUAUUAGCAACUGGUUCAUUUGAUAAAGCGAUUUAUAUUUGGGAUAUUGCACGAGGAGAAAUUGUUCAUAGUUAUCGAGGUACAGGUGGUAUUUUCGAAGUUUGUUGGAACAGUCGAGGUACUCGUGUUGGUGCAAGUGCUUCCGACGGAACAGUGUGUGUACUCGAUCUACGUAAAUAA